AUGAGUCGACUACUAGAGAGUGAGAGCGAUGCAGGAUCAACUUCUAGCAACGUAGAAAGUAUGAAAUCAGAAAGAAAUCCCUACACAGUGCAGGACGAGCUAGAGGAAUAUGCCAAAAAGCUCAAUCUCUUGGCAUUGGGAGAAGAUAGAAAUGAGCUUCAAUUGGGCGAUGGAAGCUCGGUGAGCUUAGAAGAGAGUACUGGAAACAACAAGACUGGAAAUGUUGUCGUCUCCACAGCCCCGAGAACUACAUCUCCAAUUUUGACGCAUUUGAGUCCCGCGGGACACGAAGCCGUGAAACAGGUGCUGUCCAAGACACAAGGCAUGCCCAAAAAACUGCGGAUUAAGUUCCAAGCGAUUGGUUCUGUAGCACAAGUAUCGCCGCAAUCAGCGCAAAUUUCAUCAUCACAACCUUUUUCCGUUUUGGUGACGUUUCUGAGAAAGAAGCUGAAAUUAGCCACGGUCUAUUGCUAUGUGAAUAAUUCAUUUUCUCCAGCGCCUCAGCAGUCUAUCGGGGAUUUGUGGAACCAUUUUAGAGUGAAAGACGAAUUGAUUGUCAACUACUUCAGUGGCGUGGCAUUCGGUUGA